UCAGCAAGGGCUCAGUCAGCCGCUGCCGGGUUGGGGCCGUGUUUGGGGCCGUAACCGAGGGCUGGAUGUAGCGUAGGAGCUGGACGCACGGGAGCUGCAGCUGGGCCGGGGCGCGCAGCGCUGCGCCCCGCCGCGCCGGAACCGCACCGACCGGCGUCUUGCUGCUGGCCCACCGCGAGCCGACCCCAGCCCGCUCCGAGACACCUUUCCCGCCAGGCCGCCUUCCUCCGCCUUCCGCCUCGCUCCAUUUCCCCGGAAUCUCAGCCUGGCGCGCCCGGACCCCGGCCGGUCUCUGCAAGGGGAAGCUCCGUGCUACCUUCCGGCUUCACUUCUUCCUCACAGCCCGGUCCGCCACCCUCUGGCCCCCCCUCUUCUUCCUUCAGCCCCUUCCUUUUAGCUCAGGCUCUCUGCCCCUUCUUUUAGCCCAGGGUCGUCACUCCUUGUCCUGAGCCAGAGGUCCCAGCCUACCUUCUUCCUUUCCCUUGCCCAGGGUCCAGCCUGUUCUGUCCUUUCCUCUGUCCCUAGGGCGCACUGUCUUCCCUCUCUGGCCCUCUCCCUGUCCCAGGCCUGGAGUUGCAGACCCCUUGCUCUCCUGUGGUCCUUCCCCUGUUUGGAGUUGCAGAUUGGCAUACCCAGGCUCUCUGCACCCCUAGAGAAUUGCUCCUACAAACACACGACUCCAAAACAUGAACUCUCCCUAGGGCCCCGGCCCUGUCCCUGCCCACCUGCUGACCCCUUCUCCCUAUGUGCCCCAUCUCUAUCUCACCUCACUAGGGGUCACGGCCUGCUGGGCCGAGGGCGCGGCACCAUGCUCCCCUGGUUGUCCAUCCGCAGCCUCUCUCCCCCUCGGAUCUUCCCUUCCUUGCUGGUGCUGGUGGCUCUGGUGGGGCUGCUCCCUGGUCUCAGCAGUCAUGGGCUCCAGCUCAGCCCCACGGCCGGCACCACGCCAGAUUCGCAGCCUGCUCGGGAGCGCUCCAUUGGAGACGUCACCACUGCCCCGCCGGAGGUUAUCCCGGAGAGCCGUCCGGUGAACCACUCUGUCACGGAGCACAGCCUGAAGCCGCGGAAGGCCUUUCCGGUCCUGGACGUUGACUACCCACACGUGCGCACGCCCUUUGAGAUCGCCCUCUGGAUCCUGCUGGCCUGUCUCAUGAAGAUAGGUUUCCAUGUGAUCCCCACUAUCUCCAGUAUCGUGCCCGAAAGCUGCCUGCUCAUCGUGGUGGGGCUGCUGGUAGGGGGCCUGAUCAAGGGCGUCGGCGAGACGCCCCCCUUCCUGCAGUCGGACGUCUUCUUCCUCUUCCUAUUGCCACCCAUCAUCCUGGACGCUGGCUACUUCCUGCCGCUGCGGCAGUUCACCGAGAACCUGGGUACCAUCCUCAUCUUCGCCGUGGUGGGCACGCUGUGGAACGCCUUCUUCCUGGGCGGCCUGAUGUACGCCGUGUGCCUGGUGGGCGGUGAGCAGAUCAACAACAUCGGGCUGCUGGACAACCUGCUCUUCGGCAGCAUCAUCUCGGCCGUGGACCCUGUGGCCGUGCUGGCCGUCUUUGAGGAGAUCCACAUCAACGAGCUGCUGCACAUCCUCGUCUUCGGGGAGUCGCUGCUCAACGACGCCGUCACCGUGGUUCUGUAUCACCUCUUUGAGGAGUUUGCCAGCUAUGACACUGUGGGCAUCGUGGACAUCGUCCUCGGCUUCCUGAGCUUCUUCGUGGUGUCCCUGGGAGGGGUGUUCGUGGGCGUGGUCUAUGGGGUCAUCGCAGCCUUCACCUCCCGCUUCACCUCCCACAUCCGCGUCAUCGAGCCGCUCUUCGUCUUCCUGUACAGCUACAUGGCCUACCUGUCCGCUGAGCUCUUUCACCUGUCAGGCAUCAUGGCACUCAUCGCCUCGGGCGUGGUAAUGCGCCCCUACGUGGAGGCCAACAUCUCGCACAAGUCGCACACCACCAUCAAGUACUUCCUGAAGAUGUGGAGCAGCGUCAGCGAGACCCUCAUCUUCAUCUUCCUCGGUGUCUCCACCGUGGCCGGCUCCCACCACUGGAAUUGGACCUUCGUCAUCAGCACCUUGCUUUUCUGCCUCAUCGCCCGUGUGCUGGGUGUGCUCGGCCUGACCUGGUUCAUCAACAAGUUCCGCAUCGUGAAGCUGACCCCCAAAGACCAGUUCAUCAUUGCCUACGGGGGCCUGCGGGGCGCCAUCGCCUUCUCGCUGGGCUACCUGCUGGACAAGAAGCACUUCCCCAUGUGUGACCUGUUCCUCACUGCCAUCAUCACCGUCAUCUUCUUCACUGUCUUCGUGCAGGGCAUGACCAUCCGGCCCCUGGUAGAUCUGUUGGCUGUGAAGAAGAAGCAGGAAACCAAGCGCUCCAUCAAUGAAGAGAUCCACACACAGUUCCUGGACCACCUCCUGACAGGCAUCGAGGACAUCUGUGGCCACUAUGGCCACCACCACUGGAAGGACAAGCUCAAUCGGUUUAACAAGAAAUAUGUGAAGAAGUGUCUGAUCGCAGGCGAGCGCUCCAAGGAGCCCCAGCUCAUCGCCUUCUACCACAAGAUGGAGAUGAAACAGGCCAUCGAGCUAGUGGAGAGUGGCGGCGUGGGCAAGAUCCCAUCGGCCGUAUCCACCGUGUCCAUGCAGAAUAUCCACCCCAAGACCCUGCCCACCGAGCGCAUCCUGCCAGCGCUGUCCAAGGACAAGGAGGAGGAGAUCCGCAAAAUCCUGCGCAACAACCUGCAGAAGACCAGGCAGCGGCUGCGGUCCUACAACAGACACACGCUGGUGGCCGACCCCUACGAGGAGGCCUGGAACCAGAUGCUGCUGCGCAGACAGAAAGCCCGGCAACUAGAACAGAAGAUCAACAACUACCUGACCGUGCCAGCCCACAAACUGGACUCGCCCACAAUGUCUCGGGCCCGCAUCGGCUCAGACCCACUGGCCUAUGAGCCCAAGGCAGACCUGCCCACCAUCACCAUCGACCCAGCCUCUCCGCAGUCGCCUGAAUCUGUGGACCUAGUCAAUGAGGAGCUGAAAGGCAAAGUGUUGGGGCUGAGCCGGGAUCCGGCCAGGGUGGCCGAGGAGGACGAGGAGGACGAUGAUGGGGGCAUUACAAUGCGGACCAAGGAGCCUUCGUCCCCAGGCACCGAUGACGUCUUCACACCGGGGCCUAGCGACAGCCCUAGCUCCCAGCGGAUACAGCGCUGCCUCAGUGACCCGGGUCCACACCCUGAGCCUGGGGAGGGGGAGCCCUUCAUCCCCAAGGGCCAGUAACCCCCACACCUGUGCUGUCACAGCAGGGGCUGCUGGGGGAGCUGGGGCCCCGCCCCACCCCUGCUCCCACUGCAUGGCAGCUGGGCCCCAGCCCCAGCACAGCACGGCUUCCUCCUGCCUCCUGGGAAGUGGCCUCCCCACCUACGCCCUUCCUGCACCCCACCAGAGCUGCAGGGGCGGAAGGCAGGCCCUGCCCCCUCGCUAGGUCAGUCUUCCUCCUGGUGGUGGUGGCCGCUGGGGCCUGAAGCCCCCCAGCCUCAGAAGCCCCCUCCCUGCAUUCCAUCACCUGCCUCCUUUGGACCCCAUCUUUCGAACCAAAGACCUCUGGCUCCAGAAAGGGGGUUACUGAGGUUCCUUGGCCCAGACCAGGUUCCUCUUCCUCAGGGCAGGUACCACCAGGGGAGGGCUGGAGGGUCUGUCCUCACUGCCAUGCCUGGAUCCGGGGACGGAGGGCAUCUUGGGCAGCAGUGAGACCCCCCUGCACUCCCCCAGGGCCUGACACAGGGCUGGCAAGUGCU